GCAGCGUAGUGGGCGUACCUGGGAGGAGGUUACCAGCCAUGUUCUCCACCCAAAAAUGUAUUUAGUUAUUUUAUUUUGUCCAAUCCCAUUUUAGCUUCCAUGUGUUGCUAUAUUAAUGUCACGUGCCCACGGCCUUCACAAUCUAAACGAUAAGUUCCUGGGCUAAAAACUGGAGUCCUGAAGAACAACGAUAAGUUCCUAGGCUAAAAACUGGAGUCCUGAAGAACAACGAUAAGUUCCUAGGCUAAAAACUGGAGUCCUGAAGAACAACGAUAAGUUCCUAGGCUAAAAACUGUUGUCCUGUCCCAUCCGCAUGUGUCAUGGAAGAGCCGGGUUCAGAUUUCCAUCUGUGGAAAGUAAAGUUCAGGAAGCCACUUUGCUGCACAAAACGAGUGUUGACGUUCUUUUCACCUGUUCAAUCACGAGCGACCAAUCAAGGUCAAAGGCCCGACUCCUGCAGUCCACUAUUCAGACACACGAACAAGAGAACAUUCCACAGCGGUAACGAGUGGGCCGGCGUGGACAUCCUGAGGAAACAACACUGACUUCCUGUCAAAUUAAGCCAAGCGGCUGGGCUGCUCGGAGUGAUAACCGAUGCUGUUGGUCACUGGGCGGCUGAGCUUGAGGGCCGCCUUCGUGCCCCCCCGCCUCCCGACCACAUCCUUAAUCCGAAUCAACACCCAUCAGUCACAAAUCCGCUAGGAUCCGGGAUCAUUGGCAGGAUCAUUGGAGAGCCCUCAGCCAGAAUGGAUUACCUCCUGCUGCUUGCCUCCAUGCUCGUAUCCAACUACUUUCAUCUUUGGAGAGGCGUGGACGCUCAGCCGGGGUUCACGAUUCGGGACAUCAACAUUUCACUUGAGCCCAGUCCAGACGUGGCGCGGGGCACCAACGUGACCGUGAGGUGCCAGGCGCUGGUCAGCAGCUCCGGCUCAGAGACACUGGGUCGCGAGUACAAAAUCUUCAAGGACGGCAUCACCGUGUACACGAAGACCAUCAGCAGCCCAGACCACCUCCUGUACCGCCUCCCUGACGCCCGAGUGUCCAAUACGGGGAAGUACAAGUGCCUGAUCAGCAUUGAAGGCAGGACCAUGACCAGCGACACCAAGAAGCUCACCGUACAAGGUCUGUCAGAACCACAGCUUCAUUUUAACAAGGGCGUGGUCAGUGAGGGGGAGGAGCUAACGGCCAGAUGCACGGCGCCGGGUGAGACGGGUUCCAUCAUAUUCUACUUCUAUGACGACACCAAGGAGAUCCUGGAGGAGCGGGUCAGCUCCAACCUGUCGGAAGUCAAACUUCACUUCAACAGCGUCGGCAUCCAUAAGUUGUUCUGUUCUUACACCAUCCUGGUGACGCCGUACUCCUUCAGGUCCAACAGAAGCCAACCUCUCACGCUUUCAGUCAAAGAGCUUUUGAUCAUGCCAGUGUUGGAGAUUUUCCCCAACAACAACAUCUACGAAGGAGACAGACUUGACAUCUUGUGCACCAUCAGAAACUUGGCGUACAACUCUGGAGAAGUCCACCUCUACCUGAGCAGAGGCACCCAGCUUCUCAGCAGGGGGGACACCAACGUCAACCACAGUAUGAUCGCUUUGGCCAAGGACUCUGAGGAGUUUGAGUGCAGACUGGAAAUGGGAAAGGUCAUCAAGGUUGACACAAAAACUGUUCCGGUGACUGAGCUCUUCUCGGUACCCACUCUGACCAUGGUCCCCAGAGAGGUCUUUCAAAAGGAGAACAUGACACUAACCUGCAGAAGCAGCAGCUACGCUUCAGAGAGGCUCCACAGGGACAAGUUGAUGUACAGUCUGGAUCUGCCAGGAAGCUUUCUGAUCCCCAAGAGCACCGGGGUCUUCUCUGUCAAGGCUCUUCUCUACGAUUUCAACUACACGUGCAUCGCUCAGGCCAAAGGCAUCCGCAAACACAGCAAACCGCUGACGGUCCGUCCCAAAGUCACGGUCUCAGCGCCAAGGAUCUCCGUGGUUGGCAGGGCGGUGCUGGGCAGACCCUUCAAGGUCCUUUGUAGGUCGGACAUCGGCAGCCUGCCCAUAAACUACACCCUGUUUAAGGAGUACGAUCAGCUGAGCACAGCCAGCGUCAAACUCCCCUUUGAGCAAGCGCUCUUCACCGUCACCAUCGACCAGCCGGACCAGAUCAACAAGUUCAUGUGCGAGGCCAAGAACAGUCCCAAGGAAGCGCCGCUCAGCAAGCGACUGGAUGCUGCUGUUGUUGUGCCGUUGUCACAUCCCGUCCUCACCAUCAUCCCCAACCUGCCAGAAAUCGCCGAAGGAGACCAUGUCCUCAUGAUAUGUGGCGUUAGAGGCACCCCGCCCAUCACUUUUAAGUGGUACUACGAUGGGAACGAUCUACCUUUCUUCACCACCACCUCAGACAAGAACAAUACAGACUACCAGAUCCAAGCCAUGUCCAGAGACCAAGGUGGUACCUACUACUGUGAGGCCAUCAAUCACGCCAACAAUGUGGUCCGCAGUGCACCGGUCAUCAUCGAGGUACGCCUGGCCUUGUGGAAGAAAGCGCUGAUCGUUGGCUUCUGUCUGCUGGUGGCGUCCAUACUGGUGGUGGUGUGUGUGCUGUGCUUCAGGUCCAAGAGAGGGAGAAGGGAGGCAGCUGCUGAAUUGUCAGUAAAGCCUUCGAGCCCUAAAUCAGAUGACUCUUUAACAGUGAGUCUAACCCGUGACACAGAGGUCUAUACAGAAGCCCCAGGGAAGAUGGAGAGGGUGGACAUCAGUGUGUGGAGUGAGCGACCGCCUCAGGCAGCCAACGACGAGGAGAGCAGCAUGGUGUCCAAUGAGCCUGACGUGGAGUACACGGAAGUGGUGCAUCCCCAGCAAGCGGACCACUCCAGGGUUCCGCUGAGAAAAGGCACGGAAACCGUUUACAGUGAACUCCAGAACGCCGCACUUGGCGCUGGUGACCGCCAUGAUUAUGGUUCUGUGGAGUACGCCGAUCUGAAUGGUGAACAAGCUAAGAUGAAUGACUGUCAGCCACAACGCAACCACUGCCAGGACGUGCCGGUUCCAGUGGAUUAGCAUCAGUAGAUCUUCGUCACACGCUCUUCUGUUUGCACUUGCACCCACAAGUCAUGCACACACACCCCCCACCCCCACCCACCCCUCACCCACCCUUGUAGCGGCGCACAUUUCUCGCAGUCAUUACUGUAAAUAUUGUUUGCAUCACAAUAAAAGCACAUUAUUGCUGUAUGUACUUGUU